CUCGAAGAGAAACUGCAUUUCAGCUACUGUUGCUGCUCUGAGGGAGGUUCUGCUACUCCAUUAACUCUUUCUUUGUCCAGUAACAUGACCAGCAAGCAAGUAAUCACAGUAUUUGGAGCAACAGGAGCUCAGGGUGGCUCUGUGGCCAGGGCCAUUUUGAAGAGCAAAAAGUUCUCUGUGAGAGCACUGACCAGGGAUGUGACUAAACCAAAAGCACAGGCGCUCCGGGACCUUGGCAUCGAGGUGGUCAAAGGCGACCUAAAUGAUAAAGCAUCAGUGGAAGCCGCCUUGAAAGGUGCCUAUGGGGCCUUCCUGGUGACCAACUUCUGGGACCAUUUCAGCAAAGAGAAGGAAUUGAAUCAGGGAAAGCUGGUGGCGGAUACUGCCAAGCGCCUGGGUCUGAAGCACGUGGUGUUCAGUGGCCUGGAGAACGUCAAGCGCCUGAGCGGCGGGAAGUUGGAAGUGCCACAUUUUGACGCGAAGGGAGAGGUGGAGGAGUAUUUCUGGUCCAUUGGCGUUCCCAUGACCAGUGUCCGCGUGGCAGCUUACUUUGAAAACUUUUUCACUGCGUGGAAGCCCGUGAAAGCCUCUGAUGGAGAUUACUACACCUUGACACUGCCUAUGGGGGACAUACCGAUGGAUGGUAUCUCUGUUGCUGAUGUUGGAGCAGUCGUCUCUAGCAUUUUUAAUUCUCCAGAGGAGUUUUCAGGCAAGGCCGUGGGUCUCAGUGCAGAAGCGCUAACACCACAGCAAUAUGCUGAUGUUUUGUCCAAGGUUUUGGGGAAAGAUAUCCGAGAUGCAAAGAUCACCCCGGAAGCUUACGAGAAGCUGGGAAUUCCUGUAGCGAGGGAAAUUGCCAACAUGUGUCGUUUCUAUCAGACAAGGCCAGACCGUGAUGUCCAGCUCACCCACCGACUAAACCCCAAGGUGAAAAGCUUCAGCCAGUUUAUCUCAGAGAACCAGGGGGCCUUCAAUGGCCUUUAAGCUGUUCAAACAGGCCCUGACCACAUAACCUCCUUCCUCUCUGAUCCUAU